UGGACCCGUCCAGUCCAAUACGUAAUCCCAGUCGUUUUCUCAUUUCCUAUUGCAAAAGUAUCUUAUAUAUCUGUCACCCCAAGCUAUUUCCCACCGCAUUCUUCAGUGUUUCCUCUGAUAAGCUUGUCAUCUCUAGGCUUUGUGAGGUCCCAUCCAUUUUUGAUAUCUUUAUUGUCUUGUCUCGUUGGCCCACUGGGCUCCCUCGAAAAUGUUGCUUCACCAGAUAGCAUGCUGGCUGUCUUUUGGUACAGCUGCCUUAGCAGCAACCAUUCCUCGUGAUCCCUCUGUCCAGCAGGGUUCACCUGUCAUCGUCGAGAGACAGGCAACUACAACUACUCCAGUUCCCGACGGAGAGUGCACCAACGGUCCUCGAACGAGGAAUUGUUGGUCUAAAGGUUUCAGCAUUGCGACCGACUUCGACGCGAAAUCUCCACCGGCCGGCAAAACUGUUACUUACAACCUUGUUAUUACAAACACGACUUUGGAUCCCGACGGAUCCGGGCCAAGACUUGCCAUGCUCAUUAACGGCACAUAUCCCGGUCCGACUCUCAGAGCGUCUUGGGGAGAUACUCUCGUAAUCAAUGUGAAGAGCGAACUGCAACAUAAUGGGACGGGCAUUCAUUGGCAUGGUGUGAGACAGUUGAACUCGUGUCAGCACGACGGAGUUGGAGGAGUGACGGAAUGCCCCAUUGCACCGGGCCACACGCGGCAAUAUGUCUUCAAGUGCACUCAGUUCGGUACCACCUGGUAUCACUCGCAUUGGAGCGCGCAGUAUGGCGACGGAGUCGUUGGUACUCUCAUCAUUGAUGGCCCGGCCACUGCCAACUACGAUGAGGACCUUGGUGUGAUGCCUAUCACAGACUGGUACAACAAGCCUGCGUUUGAGUUGAAUGAGCAGGCGCAGCUGUCGCGGACCGGGCCUCCUGUUCCGAACAAUAUCCUGGUGAAUGGCAUGCACAAGAGUAAAGGUGGUAAGGGUGAAUACUACAAGUUGAAGGUUCAAAAGGGCAAGAAAUAUCGCGUCAGAUUGAUUAACACGGCGGUCGACAGUGUAUUCCAUGUCUCUUUUGACGGGCAUCCAUUCACAGUCAUCACUUCGGAUUUCGUUCCCAUCAAACCAUUCGUGGCGACGCAGUUGACUCUCAACAUUGGCCAACGUUACGACGUCGUCAUCAAUGCCAAUCAGACAGUGGGGAACUACUGGGCUCGAGUGGCCGUUGGCACUGAUUGUGGAGACAACGAAAUCAUUGACGCGGGCAUUCCGAUGGGAGCGAUCUUGCAGUAUGAAGGAGCGCCCGACGCUGAGCCUACCUCGACCGGUGUUGAGAUGAGAACCAGCUGCGUGGACGAGACCAACCUUGUCCCCUUCGUGCCGAACACGGUUCCUUCUAGCAUUGUUCCGCAGAAUGAACUCGCUCUCAACCACGUCCAAGACGCCACGACGAACAACCUGUUCAGAUGGACAAUCGAUGGUUCUCCCCAAGUGGUCAAUUGGACGCAGCCCAGUCUGAAGACGACAUUGGAGCAGGGGCCCGAUUACGGCAACCACAGCAACGUCUACGAGAUUGCAACCAAAGAUAACUGGUAUCUGUGGUGGAUCCAGACGCGCACCUUCAUCCCGCUCCCCCACCCCAUCCACCUCCACGGCCACGAUUUCUACAUUGUCGGAAAGGGCUCCGGCGUCUGGGACGGCAACACGGCGGGACUGACCUUCAACAACCCCACGCGUCGCGACACGGCGACGCUCCCGGCGGGCGGAUAUCUCCUCCUCGCCUUCCCCGCCGACAACCCGGGUGUCUGGGUGAUGCACUGCCACAUUGCGUGGCACGCCGCCCAGGGCCUCAGCGUGCAGUUUUUGGAGAGGAAGAACGAGAUCUCGCAGGCCAUUGGCAAUCGGGAUGAGUUCAACAGGGGGUGCCAGGAGUGGGCCGAGUACUGGCGGCCGGGCAAUCAUCCGUAUGAACAGACCGACUCGGGGCUUUGAGAGGAGAGGAGAGGAUAUACCGAGUGGGUUGUUUGACGUCCGUUUUUGUUGUUGC